AUGUCUAUAACAUCAACGACAGCACUGCCUCGGGUUAAACAACUCAAAAAGCCAUCGCUGAACUUAUUGGACGAUGAAGAAAGAUUCAGACCAUUGAAGAAACGUGCGCUUGACGCAAUGGAAGGUGCAGGUUUUGGAUUCGAUAAGAGAGCACUUGACAGUCUUGAAGGUGCUGGUUUUGGGUUGAAGAAACGCGCACUGGAUAGCUUAGAGGGAGCUGGAUUUGGCUUGAAAAAGCGAGCGCUUGAUUCGAUGGAAGGAACGGGCUUUGGAUUUAAUAAACGAGCACUGGAUGGACUUGAAGGGGCCGGGUUCGGCUUCAAUAAACGGGCAUUGGAUAGCCUCGAGGGUGCUGGUUUCGGCUUCGAUAAGAGAGCCCUGGACUCAAUGGAAGGAACUGGUUUUGGCUUCGAUAAGCGGGCAUUGGAUAACCUCGAGGGUGCUGGCUUCGGCUUCAACAAGAGAGCUCUGGAUGGGCUCGAAGGGGCUGGAUUCGGUUUCAACAAGAGGGCUUUAGAUGGUCUUGAGGGAGCUGGCUUCGGUUUCAAUAAGAGAGCACUGGACAGUCUUGAAGGACUCGGAUUCGGUUUCAACAAGAGAGCUUUAGAUGGGCUCGAAGGAGCUGGCUUCGGCUUCAAUAAGAGAGCUCUGGAUGGGCUCGAAGGAGCUGGCUUCGGCUUCAAUAAGAGAGCACUCGACAGUCUUGAAGGACUCGGAUUCGGCUUCAACAAACGAGCUCUCGAUAUGCUCGAAGGAACCGACUUCGGUAAAUUUUAUUAUGAUUACGGCAGUCCGAGUAAUACUGAAUGCCAUAUGUUCACACAUUUUAUCGAAAUCAUCAAUUCAUUUUGCGAGUUAUAA